CCGGGCCCUGCGCGCGGCGCCAUGUCCCAAGAUGGCGGCGGCGGCGGAGCUGAAGGAGUCAGAGUGUGUCACCACCUUUGCCCUGCAGACUGUGGAGUAUGAAAUUGCCCCCUGCACAUGAUUCUGAGCUUUAGGGUGUCGGAGCUGCAGGUGCUGCUGGGCUUCGCGGGCAGGAACAAGAGCGGGAGGAAGCACGAGCUGCUGGCCAGAGCCCUGCAGCUGCUGCGCGCCGGCUGCAGCCCGGCCGUGCACAUGAAGAUCAAGGAGCUGUACCGCAGGCGGUUCCCCAGGAAGGCGCUGAGCCCCGCGGAGCUGCCCGUGCCGCUGCCCCCGGGCUGUCCCUGCGAGCUGGGCGCCGCCGCCCCGCCCCCGCCGCUGCCGCCGCCCCCGCGGGACGGGGAGGAGCCGCCGCGCUCCCAGCCCCUGCGCCCCGACGUCACCAUGAGGAGGCUGCCCUUCUACCACGUGUACGAUGAGCUCAUCAAGCCCACCACCUUGGCCUCCACCAGCAGCCAACGCUUCGAGGAAGCUCAUUUCACCUUUGCUUUAAGCCCUCAGCAGGUCCAGCAGAUCCUGGCCUCCCGGGAGAUCUUCCCAGGUGCCAAGUGUGACUACACCACCCAGGUGCAGUUAAGGUUCUGCCUCUGUGAAACCAGCUGUCCUCAAGAAGAUUACUUCCCUCCUAACUUAUUUGUCAAGGUCAAUGGGAAACUCUGUCCCCUUCCUGGUUAUCUCCCACCCACCAAAAACGGCGCGGAGCCGAAGCGGCCCAGUCGGCCCGUGAACAUCACCCCCCUGGCUCGGCUCUCAGCCACUGUCCCCAACACCAUCGUGGUCAACUGGUCCUCAGAGUUCAGCAGGAACUACUCCCUGUCAGUGUACCUGGUGAAGCAGCUGACAGCAGUGACCCUGCUGCAGAAGCUGAGGGCCAAAGGCAUCCGGAACCCCGACCACUCCCGAGCCCUCAUCAAAGAAAAACUCACAGCUGACCCUGACAGUGAGAUAGCCACCACCAGCUUACGGGUGUCCCUCAUGUGUCCACUGGGCAAGAUGAGGCUGACGGUGCCCUGCAGAGCUGUGACCUGCACCCACCUGCAGUGCUUCGAUGCUGCCCUCUACCUCCAGAUGAACGAGAAGAAACCCACCUGGACCUGUCCUGUGUGUGACAAGAAGGCUCCCUAUGACAGCCUCAUCAUUGAUGGGUUGUUUGUGGAAAUCCUCAACUCCUGCACGGAUUGUGAUGAGAUUCAGUUCAUGGAGGAUGGCUCCUGGUGCCCGAUGAGGCCGAAGAAGGAGAAGCAGGAGGUGUGCCAGGCCUCUGCCUUCAGUGGGAUCGAGGCCAGUUCCCUGCACACAGGGAGCUCUGAGGGCAAGAACUCCACAGAGGGCAAGAAAAAAGUGGAGGUGAUUGACCUGACCCUGGAGAGUUCGUCAGACGAGGAGGAGCCGCCGGCCAAGCAGCCCUGCCCCCUCCCCAGCACGGCCCCUGCAGCGGCUGGCCACAAGGGGGUGUUAAACAUCAGCCAGCAGCCCUCAUCUGUGCUCCGGAGCCCUCCCGUGGCAGCCCUGGGCAGCGACUAUCUGGCCAACCUCCCGGUCCCCGACUUCCGUCCUUCCUACCAGGUGCCCUCUGAGCUCCAAGGCCUGGAUUUGUUUUCUUUCCUUCAAAGUGAAAAUCAGCAGCAUUACAGCCCCUCUGUGAUCACCUCCCUGGACGAGCAGGAUCCGCUGGGCCACUUCUUCCAGUACCGGGGGGCGUCGAGUCGCUUCCUGCCCGCGGCGGCUGCCCCCGGCCGCGCCAGCACCAGCAGCGGCGGCGCCACGGCCCUGCCGGCCUGCAGGACAGACAUCAUCUCCCUGGACUGAGCCCAGCUCCACCACAGCCCUUCUCCCUCCACAGGCUGGGGAGAUGGUGGCUCAGUUUCCCUCUUGGGGCUCAAAGCUGUGGGGGGGACGGGGGGUCUCUCCUCACUGGGGCUGUCCCUGGUGAGGGGGGACGUGGCUCACGGCACCUGAGCUGCAGGUGCCUGUUUCUGAGGGCCAAGCAAACCCUCCCCAGUGGGUUGUGGGGCCACCUCCCCCCUCCCCACGCAGUGCAGCAGCCCAGGGCCGUGGGGCUGGCUGGGAGGAGGAGGAAGGGGAGGAGGAUCCUCCUGCCCCACCUCGUAUUUACAUCCUUGUUUUUGAUAUAACCCCCCCCAGAUCCGUUGUUUCUCCCCCUCCCUCCUGCUGAGCACCCCCGGGGCAGCCCCUGUGCAGAGCAGAGACAGAUGAUUUCUAUUUUUCAGCCACAGCUUUUGUACACAGGGAGGCUCCAAAGCCUCGGCCCCUCCCCAGGCUCAGCCCGCGGAACCUUGCACAAGUAACUUAUCUAUUUAAGUGAGGACCCCCAGGCUCUGGCCCAGAGGCACCACCUGGAGCACUUGGGCUUCUUUCAGCACCUUUUUGGGGCUGUUUUGUCCCUGGCAUUGCCAGCCAGGGUGCUGCUGGCUCAGGAGGGGGCAGCAGUGCCCGGGAUUCUGCCUUCAGGCCGGUGUUUGUAACCACAGGGAAACGUCUCCAUGCAAUAAAGGUGGGAAGUGCUGA